AUCUAUACUCCGCGUGACGAACCAACGAUCGAUAUUGUCUUUGUGCAUGGCCUCAACGGCCACCCCCAGAACUCUUGGACUAGCAAGAAUACCGGUUGUUUCUGGCCGGUUGAUCUACUACCAGACAUCCUCGCUGCUCAACGCCCGCGGAUCCUCACAUACGGCUACAACGCAAACGUUACUGCCUUCACAGAUGGAGUUUCUCGAGACACGGUUGUGAGUCAUGCUGAGACACUUGCUUCAAGUCUGGCAGCCAACCGAAAUUUGCGAAACGGCACCAACCGACCCAUCAUAUUCAUCUGCCACUCACUGGGAGGACUGGUCGUGAAGCGUGCCCUUAUAUACUCUCGCAGUCUCUCAAACGAAAAGACCGAACAUCUACGCUCGGUCUACGUCUCAACCUUUGGGAUUCUCUUCCUCGGCACCCCCCACAACGGAUCCGAUAUCGCUAAAUGGGGUCUGCUGCUAAACAACAUAUGCAAUGCGGUCCUCCCAAAGAAGUUCCUGGAGAGCUCUCCGCAGCUUGUCAAAACCCUACGGGCUAACAACGAGACUCUGCAGCAUAUAAACAGCUUGUUCGUCGAUAUCAUGGGCCGAUUCCAUAUCUACUUCUUCCACGAGACACGAUCCACCGAUGUACAUGGUACCCGGGAGGUGAUCGUCGACGAGCACUCAGCGGCACCCUACAUGGACGGUGUUGAGCGGAUGGGAAUUGAAGCCGACCACAGCCAUAUGUGCAAGUUCGAUGACGAUAAUGCUGCAGGCUACGAAGCAGUGGCAGAAGCCAUUCUUCGUUAUUCUCGCCAGGCUCCUGCUGUAAUUUCAGCACGCUGGGUGGAGGAGAGGAACGUUCGUACACAAGAGAAGAGAGCCAAAGCGAGGGAAAUAUACGAUGAAGGAACUGAAGACUCAACCAAUCGAAGCAUGCCCGAUUUGAACAGAAUUGGCCAAUCUGUACCAACACUACCACGCGCCCCUGCAUCGGAGGGCCGCAAUUCCCCAGUUUCAGACAUGGGAAAUAGUGGCCUUCUUCAACUCUCACACUAUUCCAAUAAUGGGAAUGAGCCUCCUCUAUUCGUGGCACCCCCAGGCUUCCAUCCAAAUGCUACUUUCUUCGGCAUGCAAAAGGAACUCGACAUUUUGCAUAAUAGACUCUACAAAGCCAAGGCACGAGCAAAGCGAACCAUGGCUAUUUUGAUAUCCGGCGUUCCAGGUUCUGGAAAGACCCAUCUCGCAAGACAGUAUGUCUUCACGCAGCGUGACUGCUACCCCGGCGGGAUCUUCUGGAUUGAUUCCAAGUCUCGUGAAGCCUCAUCCAAGUGUUUCUGGGAAAUUGCACAAGCAGCUCAUCUGAUAGAGAAAAUACAAAUCACCGACGCAAACUACAAUCCAGCCAACACAUACGUGAAUGAAGUUCGCAACUGGCUGCAAAAUCGCCAAGACUGGCUUCUCGUCUUCGACGGUAUCACUUUCACCGAUGAAGACGAAAUCAAUCUUUUCAGGAACUUUUUGCCUUGGAAUAAGAAUUGCAGCAUCAUAUAUACAUCGGUCGACACGACGCUGCGGAAAAAGCAGAGGCUAUACGAGCCAUACUGUUUGAUGAUCCCCCGGUUGCAAGUUGAUGAUGCUUGCAAACUCUUGUUCAAAGACCUAGGGAUCACACGACCUACGCCUGAGCAGGUUCUCAAGGCUACUCGGAUAGUUGAGUAUUACGAAUGCCUUCCUCUGGCAAUUCAUGCGAUCGGGCACCGCCUGAAUGCAACUGGAAAACCGAUUGAAAAAUAUCAUGUUAAGUCACAGGUGACUGAUAAAAAGCUCGCAGAGCCGUUCUUGAGCAUCAUGAAUGAUCUGUUUCGAUCAAAGGAAGAACAAGCGCUCCGUUUAAUCAACCUACUCUCAUUCCUCGGCCACCAGGUACCAGUGGGCCUCUUGGAUCUAGGAAGAAGCGUGAUGACCGAACAGGGCAUGGAGAUUCAGACCAGUGCCAGAAAAGGGGAUGUUCCUGAUCUAGAUACUACACUUGGGACUCUGAUUCACUACGGCUUGAUCGAGCGAACUUCGGAUGCGGAUGUCUUCCAGCAAAGGUCUUCCAUGCAUAGCUCCGACUCGGAUGCCAAAAUGCUUCCAGAUCUCUCUGAGUCAUUGACUGAAAGCAGCCAGGAGGAGUUCUUCUCGAAUUACCGCCAAGGAUCAGCUGUGGAUGUUAUCAAGAUCCAUAGCGUCGUGCAAGGAUUCUGUCGUGAUGAAUUGCGGAUCCAGGAUGAAGAGUUGAAGGGUGUCCUGAGGAAGGGCGAAGAUGGUUACUUUGACAUGUGGUUGAUGACUGCUACAAAGUUCCUCAUCAAGUCUUACGAAGUAGCCGUCGACAGGAUGGAUGCAUACCCUGAUUGUGGCUUGAUCCGAGACUAUCGAGAAUACGAAACCCACGCUUCUCGACUCGCCGAGCAGUAUCCAAAGAAAGCGUCAAUGAGUUUUCAUUCUCCAAGGCUUUGGAAAACACGAGCAUUACUGCAGCAGUUGUUGAAAAAGAUUAGCAAGCGCAUUCAGGACAUGUCUCCGAGUUCCUCGCAGCAUCUGACCCGUCACCAGAAGUCGGUAUUUGACCGAUCAAGCAGCUCUUCUUCAUCCUAUCGAGAAUCCUCUGCCGGGGGCGGGUUGUCUCGAAGAUCUACUUUCAACUUCAGUGAUCUCGGGACGCCUCGAGCCGAAUCUCCUGAGCAGAUGGUUGGCCCGCCUCGGUUCAAAUUGGAGCUAUUUCCUCCACAUAUUUUCAGACGAGCUGGGUAUGAGUCUGAAGAGGGCUAUGAGACAGAUGGAGAGGCUAAAGGUGGGUUUCGAAUCUCUCCGGCUCUAUCGCAGGCCAGUCAGGCUACGGAGAAACCAGAUCUUUCGCCCCCAUCAUUGAGUUCACCAGGUCUAUCUGCUCAAUCUGCUCAAUCAGGCUGGAAUUCAACCAAUCUACCCCAGAAGCGGAAGCUUUCUAAAGAAAGAGCAUCAGGCAGGAGAAUCAGCGGACCGUUCAGGGGGGAUCGCUUUAGAGACACCAAAUUUGACAUCCCAUUGGCUGAAGUUUCUUCGAUUCAAGGACUUGGUUCAUCAAGCCGUUCACCAUCUUCAGAUACACGGGGAUUCUCGACAGGUUCAGAGGCAGAAAAGGCGCUAGUCGCGGUCCGUCAGUCGAGUAGGCCACGAGCUCAACCCGAAAACCUCAACCCUACAGUCACUCCGCCGAUGAAUAACGAGGUGAUCAAAGAUAGUUUGCUGGGUUUGCCAAAAUAUGACAAUCUCGCUACUCGACGCAUCUCAGAGGUAGAGUCUGCAGUCAAGCGCCCAUCGUCGGUUCCAGUAUCUCGGGCUCUAGACCACUCCAGCGGUCUGCAAAUGAAGCCUUCUAUCGAAUCUCUUGACGGGCGAGCGGGCUAUGCCUUUGCAUCACCAUUGUCCCACGAGUGGACACCCCAGGAGCUGAUGGAACCAAUGAGCCGGCUCACUUACAGCGAGUCUGGAAUGGAAGUAUUCGGCCAUCCAAUGGGUGGUGUGGACUUCCACACAGCACCUGGGUCUCGAGCACCUUCUCGGCGUGCCUCAAUUGCACAGCUCGAGCCUCCUCAAAGCCUGUCUGCAAGCGUACCAACUCUCAUCCCCAUUCCACCACCGCUACCCUACGACGAAGACAUAUCCAUCACGCGCCCACGCCGCAGAAGAUCCUCUCAACUCGCAUCGGACUCCAUAACUCCAUCCCAUCCAUCAGUAAUCAUGCCUGGCGCAUUACCACCCCCAUCAGAUUAUACUGCACCGGUAGGAUCUGCCCCAGAGCGUCUAGUCCCGGGACCAAUGUCUCGAAACUCAUCUGCAUUCUCGCAUCAAUCAUGGGCCACCGAGCCCGUCCGCUACCCACCACGGUUCUCACCCUUCCCCAGCUUCACUCAACAGCCAGAUCCCAUCCCUGGCCCAAUGACAGCCACAGAGCAGCAACAAAUGCUCGGCGGCAGUUGGACCAGUGAUCUUCCAAUGAGCAAUGGCAUCCAGUCAGAUCCAUUGUACGCAGGCGUACCACAACAUCGACGCUUGAGCUCCAUGGACGAGCGAGUGAAGUUUCUAGAUCCAGGCUGGGACCCUGAAUAUGAAACAUCUCAAUAUUUGCAUUUUGGUGGACAUCGUGUGGAUGUUCGAGACCCGCAUCAUAGAUUGCAUGAGUCUGCUAGACUCCAGCCGCCCUUGCAUCCUUCACAAUACCAGCUUUAUCAUCCCAAUGUGUCGGGUCCUUUGUUUCAGCAUGAUGGUCAUAUCUAUGCGCCUGCGCAUCAAGUUGAAGCUCGGGCGUCUCGUCCACGGAGUGGAAGCUCGCCUCCACGUCCGAAUUUCGCGGGGCUGGGUGUUCGGCUUUCAUAG